GAAUGGGACAAAAAAAUACGAAUUCCCGCCAACUGGCUCUCAAGCUCUCCCUUUAACUUAAAGCUGUAUUUGUUUAGUCAGUAUCUCCAGAUAAUGUUCGUUUGCUAGUUAAAGUAACUCAAGAAGUUCGUGUUAUAGUUUUGAUAGUUUACUGACAAUCAUUGUUGAAGGACAGAGAAUAGCUAACAUUAGCCAAAUUAGCGUUUUACCCAGAAAUCUUAAUGCUAGCUCACUUAGCUCACUUUGGCUAAAGACAUCUUGUGACAACAGGAGCUGAAAACAGCGAAGUGCAUUUUAUCUUCAACAUUCAACUCAAACCACACUGACAAUGAAAGCUGCAGAGGACCAGGUCGUUGAAGGUGACUCUGGUUUUCAGGAUGAUGAGGAGUCCUUCUUCCAAGACAUUGACCUCCUACAGAAACACGGCAUCAACAUGGCGGACAUCAAAAAGAUGAAGUCAGUGGGGAUCUGCACCGUGAAGGGGAUCCAGAUGACCACACGUAAGGCUCUGUGCAACAUCAAGGGCCUGUCGGAGGCAAAAGUGGAAAAAAUCAAGGAGGCUGCUGGGAAAAUGCUGAAUGUCGGUUUCCAGACCGCCUUCGAGUACAGCGCGAAGAGGAAGCAGGUGUUCCACAUCACAACCGGGAGCCAGGAGUUUGAUAAACUUCUGGGUGGCGGCAUAGAGAGUAUGGCUAUCACAGAAGCCUUCGGAGAGUUCCGCACCGGGAAAACUCAGCUGUCUCACACACUGUGUGUCACUGCUCAGCUGCCAGGUGAGGACGGCUACUCAGGCGGGAAAGUCAUCUUCGUUGACACAGAGAACACCUUUCGUCCAGACAGACUGAGAGACAUGGCUGACAGGUUUAACGUAGACCAUGAUGCCGUGCUGGACAAUGUGCUUUACGCCCGGGCCUAUACCAGUGAACACCAGAUGGAGCUGUUGGACUUUGUAGCAGCCAAAUUUCAUGAGGAAGGAGGAGUGUUCAAACUGCUGAUCAUCGACUCCAUCAUGGCUCUGUUCAGAGUAGACUUCUCUGGUCGAGGCGAGCUGGCUGAGCGGCAGCAGAAACUGGCCCAGAUGCUCUCCAGGCUGCAGAAGAUCUCUGAAGAGUACAACGUAGCCGUGUUUGUCACCAACCAGAUGACAGCUGAUCCCGGAGCAGGAAUGACGUUUCAAGCUGAUCCCAAGAAGCCCAUUGGUGGACACAUCCUGGCCCACGCCUCCACCACACGGAUCAGUUUGAGGAAGGGGCGCGGAGAGAUGAGAAUCGCCAAAAUAUUUGACAGUCCUGAUAUGCCUGAGAACGAGGCCACUUUUGCCAUCACUGCCGGAGGAGUCGCUGACGCCAAAGAGUGAAGGAGACACAUGUUAGCACAGUUCCCUGAUCCUGUCCAUUUUAAGUUAUUAAAGGUAUUUUAAUGCAUUUAUUUAUUCUGUUUUAUGACUGUAACUUCUUAAACUUUUCAUGUAUUUAUCUAUUUCUAAGAUCUAGGCAUGUUUCCUGUCAUUUAAUGUAUUUUUCAUUGAUGUUAAAAUAAACAACAACAAAG